GUCAAAAUUCAGUCAUUGUCCUCUCCAUCGCACGGCGCAGAUUUGCUAUCGUGAUUUCGCGAUCGAUUUUUGGCUAUUUUUCGGUCAAAAAUUGUGUGUUUCUCUUCAGAAUAAUCUCCAGCGACACAAUGAGUGACGACUACUUGAGUAAACCACUUUCGUUUGGAGCUCCAUCACCGGCGCUUCCAUCGCAGCAGAUUCAACCCUUGUCGCCGUACCUGAACUAUGAUACCCGUUACCUGCAGUCCCAGCCGGAGUUUAUCUUUCCCGAGGGUGCCUCCAAACAGCGGGGCCGAUUCGAGUUGGCAUUCUCACAGAUCGGAUCGUCGGCAAUGAUCGGAGCGGGGAUUGGGGGUGUUGCUGGGUUCUACAAUGGAGUGCGUGCCACCGCGCUGGCCAAUCAAACCGGAAAGCUGCGUCGAACACAGCUGCUAAAUCACGUCAUGAAACAAGGAGCAGCUACCGCUAACACUCUUGGCACCCUGGCGGUGAUGUACUCGGUCUUCGGCGUAGUGCUCCAGUGGGCGCGUGGGGAGGACGAUGAAAUCAACACGAUAGCGGCCGGCGGUGCCACCGGACUGCUCUACAAAUCCACCGCAGGCUUGAGGAAGUGUGCCAUGGGAGGCGGCAUCGGUUUGGCUUUGAGUUCGCUCUACGUGCUGUGGAACGUCACCGGCGGGAGCUCGAAAAAGCUGAAGGAACUGCGGUCGCAGUACAUGUAGGUUAUUGUUUAAGUUCUCCCGAAUUAGGAUUAUGACGAGAUCACUAGGUUCCGUAGGUAAAUUCGAAGCGUGGAAGGCCACGAAACAUUCAGUUUUCGAUCAUUGUCGAUUGUUUUGUCGGCCGAAUGGGACACAACGGGAACAAGUGUUUCCUUGAAAUGGGUUUGAUUAUGUAUGUUUUAAGGUACACUUGUUAGCUGUGAUUUGAAUAUUUUUAAAAUAUUUUCAUUGUAUGAAAAUGGCACUCUAAUUUAAGUACUGCGUGUGAGGAAAUAAUAAAUUAUAAUUGUAUUAA